AUUGCCUAUUGGUUGUUUUGUAGAGUAUUUCAUAACUGGUGGCCGGUAGCACACACUUCAUGGUCGAGUGUGUGCUUGUCUGUGAGUGAGUUGUGCACUCCUGCUGUAAUGACAAGAAUGUGAAAGAAGGCAACGAAGAGAUGUAAGCCUAUGUCUUUUUAGGGUUUCUAUUUUUGGUAAACUUUUUGUGCAGUUUAUCAGCCAGCUUUAAUAUACAUGGUCGGAUCAAUGCCUCAAGUCAUAUUUGGUAUUUAUUUUUGCCACAAAGAAGAAACAAAUUGGAAGACUACAGCGAACAUCUCCGAAAUGACCGCAGCUGUGGUGGAUUUGGAAAAUUGGGAAAGGUAAUUCUGGGAAAUGGACGCGCGUGCGAGUGCGAGUGCGCGCGCCAGUGUUGCCAAAUUUCACAAAAUAAAUGAACUACUCGUAGUCAGAGCGAUUGAGAGGCAAGUCGGGGGGAUAGCAAAUAAGCGGCUAUUAAAAAUAACUCCAAAAACAGCAACCAGCGACUUGAUGGUUUUUUAAAUCGACUUCAGAAAAAAUAAGCCCGAAGUCGUUUUACAAGGCAGCUAUGGCGCGCGCGAGAGAGUGAGGGGAAACAAUUGCAGAACAUCUCUCUUCCGUAUCUGUGCCGUUAGUUAAUUGUUAUUGCACUAGAAAGGUCGUCGCCAUUCCUUUGCUCCCAAUGAGAUUGUCUUUAUUUAAACUUCGGAAUGAACAGGGAAAGAAAUAAUUCGCACUCGUUUAUUCUAACAGAAACUGGAAUAUUUGACCACCAAGUGGCGCCACGUGAACACAAUCUUGUACGAAUGCUUGCCUGGUUGAUGGUUUUUCGAAGAGUAUCCUAAAGGGUGGAAAGCACAGCAGCACCACUUCGAGGAGGGAUACACGGGAAGAGGACACCGUAGCUUACACGCCAGUCAGUGGAGCGCGCUCUUUCGAAAGGAACAGACAGCAAAGUGGUUAGGGGGAACAGAAGCAAACCCGCGAGCGUGUGCAGUUCUCUACUAAUGCACGUGAGCAAACGGCAUAGUGGAUGAAGAAAUAGGCUACUUUCUUACGCUUGCUUCACAGCUACGGAGGAAUGUAUCAAAUGCGACGGACUGCAAAUUGGAGGUAUCAGCUCGAUUUUCUUCGUGGUAUCCUGGUUCUGCACGUUGGCUUCGGGAUGUGUGUUACGACUGAACCCCACUCUGAUCCUAGUGCAGUGACCACUGCUUUGUGGAAUGUCUCCAGAGGAACAGAAGAAGGCUACUUCCUGAAGCUGGAGGCACCAAUGAAUAACAUCACCACAUCCCUGGGCCAGGUGGCGGAGCUGCACUGCCGGGUGUCGGGGAACCCGGCCCCCACCGUGCGCUGGCUGAAGAACGACGCGCCCGUGGUGCAGGAGCCUCGCCGCGUGUCCUACCGGCCCACCGUCUACGGCUCGCGGCUGCGCAUCCGUGACCUGGACACCACAGACACCGGGUACUUCCAGUGCGUGGCCACCAAUGGCUUCAGCACUGUGUCCACCACCGGCAUCCUUUUCGUCAAGUUCGAUCCUCAGCCCACCCCCAUGGCAGGAAGGCCUUCACCGGAUGUGUACGAGGAGGAGGGCUUCUGCCAGCCUUACAGAGGCAUCGCCUGCGCCCGCUUCAUUGGCAACCGGAGCAUCUUUGUGGACUCCCUGCAGAUGCAGGGCGAGAUAGAGACCCAGAUUACAGCGGCCUUCACCAUGAUCGGCACGUCGGCCCAGCUGUCAGACCGAUGCUCACAGUUUGCCAUCCCGUCACUCUGUCACUUUGCCUUCCCGGGGUGUGACCAGAGCUCGGGCAGCGAGCGGCCGCGGGACCUGUGCCGGGACGAGUGCGAGGUUCUGGAGAACGACCUGUGCCGGACCGAGUACAUCAUUGCCCGCUCGAACCCCGCCAUCCUAAAACGCCUAAAACUGCCCAACUGCCACCAGCUGGCAGCAGCCCACACUCCUGAAGCCUCCACCUGCAUGAGGAUUGGCAUCCCCCUGGCCACACACAUUGACAAGGAUCAUCACUGUUACAACGGCAGUGGGGUGGACUACCGAGGCACAGUCAGCAUGACCAGGUCAGGAUUACAGUGCCAGCCCUGGAACUCACAGUACCCCCACAGUCACGACUACCUGGCACUGCGGUACCCAGAACUCAGUGGAGGCCACUCCUACUGCCGUAACCCAGGGAACCAGCAGCAGGCGCCCUGGUGCCUGACCCUGAAUGAGGCUGUACGCAUGGAGCUGUGUCACAUUGCUCUGUGUGACACCCAGAAGCAGCCCGGUCGCAGCGGUGUGGAGACGCUGUCCAUUCUGGUCCCCUGCGUGAUCCUUCCCCUGGCCAUCGCCCUGCUGUUCUUCUUCAUCUGCACCUGCCGCAACGCCCAGAAGGCCCAACGGUCGCCUGUCCCACGCCAGCCCAAACCUGUCAGGGGCCAGAAUGUGGAGAUGUCCAUGCUCAGUGCUUGCAAGCCCAAGAGCAAAGCUAAGGAGCUUCCGCUGUCGGCUGUGCGCUUCAUGGAGGAGCUGGGUGAGUGCACCUUUGGCAGGGUGUACAGAGGCCACCUGUACCUGCCAGGGAUGGAGCAGGCCCAGCUGGUAGCCAUCAAGACCCUGAAGAACCCCUCCAGCCCGCAAAUGUGGGAUCGUCACUGUUACAACGGCAGUGGGGUGGACUACCGAGGCACAGUCAGCGUGACCAGGUCAGGAUUACAGUGCCAGCCCUGGAACUCACAGUACCCCCACAGUCACGACUACCUGGCACUGCGGUACCCAGAACUCAGUGGAGGCCACUCCUACUGCCGUAACCCAGGGAACCAGCAGCAGGCGCCCUGGUGCCUGACACUGAAUGAGGCUGUACGCAUGGAGCUGUGUCACAUUGCUCUGUGUGACACACAGGAGCAGCCCAGUCGCAGCGGUGUGGAGACACUGUCCAUUCUGGUCCCCUGCGUGAUCCUUCCCCUGGCCAUCGCCCUGCUGUUCUUCUUCAUCUGCACCUGCCACAACGCCCAGAAGGCCCAACGGUCGCCUGUCCCACGCCAGCCCAAACCUGUCAGGGGCCAGAAUGUGGAGAUGUCCAUGCUCAGUGCUUGCAAGCCCAAGAGCAAAGCUAAGGAGCUUCCGCUGUCGGCUGUACGCUUCAUGGAGGAGCUGGGUGAGUGCACCUUUGGCAGGGUGUACAGAGGCCACCUGUACCUGCCAGGGAUGGAGCAGGCCCAGCUGGUAGCCAUCAAGACCCUGAAGAACCCCUCCAGCCCGCAAAUGUGGGAUCGUCACUGUUACAACGGCAGUGGGGUGGACUACCGAGGCACAGUCAGCGUGACCAGGUCAGGAUUACAGUGCCAGCCCUCGAACUCACAGUACCCCCACAGUCACGACUACCUGGCACUGCGGUACCCAGAACUCAGUGGAGGCCACUCCUACUGCCGUAACCCAGGGAACCAGCAGCAGGCGCCCUGGUGCCUGACACUGAAUGAGGCUGUACGCAUGGAGCUGUGUCACAUUGCUCUGUGUGACACACAGGAGCAGCCCAGUCGCAGCGGUGUGGAGACACUGUCCAUUCUGGUCCCCUGCGUGAUCCUUCCCCUGGCCAUCGCCCUGCUGUUCUUCUUCAUCUGCACCUGCCACAACGCCCAGAAGGCCCAACGGUCGCCUGUCCCACGCCAGCCCAAACCUGUCAGGGGCCAGAAUGUGGAGAUGUCCAUGCUCAGUGCUUGCAAGCCCAAGAGCAAAGCUAAGGAGCUUCCGCUGUCGGCUGUGCGCUUCAUGGAGGAGCUGGGUGAGUGCACCUUUGGCAGGGUGUACAGAGGCCACCUGUACCUGCCGGGGAUGGAGCAGGCCCAGCUGGUAGCCAUCAAGACCCUGAAGAACCCCUCCAGCCCGCAAAUGUGGGGUGAGUUCCAGCAGGAGGUGUCGCUGCUGGCUGAGCUGCACCACCACAAUGUGGCGUCCCUGCUGGGCGUGGUCACGCAGGACAUGCCCGUCUGCAUGCUGCUGGAGUUCCUGAGCCAAGGCGACCUGCGGCAGUUCCUCAUCUCGCGCUCGCCGCACUCGGACGUGGGCGGGGCCAGCAGCAGCGAGGAGGACGGCACGGCGCACUCCGGCCUGGACCACGGCGACCUCCUGCGCCUGUCCGCGCAGGUGGCGGCCGGCAUGGAGUACCUGUCCGGCCGCUCGUUCGUGCACAAGGACCUGGCCACCCGCAACGUCCUGGUGGGCGAGCGCAUGCACCUCAAGAUCUCGGACCUGGGCCUGUCCCGGGACGCCUACACCUCCGACUACCUCUACGCCCCCAACAGGCGCCCGCUGCCGGUCCGCUGGAUGUCCCCGGAAGCCAUCGCCUGCGGCACCUUCACCACCGACUCUGACAUCUGGGCGUUCGGCGUGGUGCUGUGGGAGAUCUUCAGCUUCGGCCUGCAGCCCUACUGCGGCUUCAGCAGCCAGGAGGUGGUGGACGUGGUACACCAGCGGCAGCUGCUGGCCUGCCCGCCGUCCUGCCCGGCCUGCCUGUACGGCCUGAUGGUGGAGUGCUCGGGCCCCGCCCAGCGGCCUCGCUUCAGGGACAUCCACUCGCGCCUGAGGGCCUGGGGAGCACUCCCGUCCCACACCAGCUCGACCACGCCCUCAGGGGGCAACGCCACCACCCAAACCACCUCCCUGAGCGCCAGUCCCAUCAGCAGCACUGGGAGCCCCCGCUACGCCGGCUACACCUACCCGGCGCACGGCCAAGCCCUGCCCCCACCCCAUAUCGCAGGCUUCGUGGCGGCUCCUUUGCCCCUAAGCCAGAGAUUUAUCCCCGUCAAUGGCUAUGUGGUAUCCCCCUGCUACGCCCCUUUCCCUACGGCCGACCUCCUGCCGCCGGGUCCCACCCGCUCCCCUGCGCACUGCCCGCCCCCCAAAAGCCGCUCCCCCAGCUCCGCCAGCAGCUCUGCCAGCACGGGCCCAACCGGGACCAGUGCGCCCUCCAUCUGCUCCAGCCAUGACACUGCCGUGCCGCUGGUGCCCCAUUGCUUUCCCCGACCCGCAGUCACACACCAAAAGGCUCUGCAGAGUCAAAAGGCCCUACAGGCCAGCCCCACACACGCCACUCUGCACCUCACUGACCCUAGCCGGCACAGCUUGAAUCCAGCAUAACUGCCCACUUGUAGCCCAGUAUUUUUGUACAUUUCCUUUUUUUUUAUUUUUUUUUUUACAAAUAAUUAUUUAACUUUUUUGGGAGGGGUGGGGGGUUAUUGGGGCUGUACAUAUGAAAGCCUUGAAUGGAAUUCACAGAUUUAUAAGUUUUUUUAUAAUUAAAAUGUACAAAAAAAUGUAUUCAAAAACAACUAUUAGACUGCGUUGUACUGCAACUGUACUUGUUUGCUUCUGAUGCUAUCGUGUGUCAGUUUUCCAUUUUGUCACAGAAACUGUUGCUAGCCAGCCAAUUAGAGGAAGUACAUUUCUACUCAAUAUAAGUUGCAUUUUUGGUAGAAAGGAGCAAAGACCAUCAUAUCUAAAAGCAUUAGAUCCAAUUUGUAGAUGUGGAAGCUGUUAAAAAAAAUACUGCAAGGAACUUUGAGAGCUUGUACUUUUGUUGCCAACAGCAAAGAUCAAACCACAUUACUUGCUGGUGAAGUAUAAUCUUCAGCCAGACCAGUCAGUUCCUUCACUUUAUAUUGAGUAGAAGCAGCCUGUUAAUGUGUAUUAUCUUUUAGCGAAUUCUUUAAGUCAUGCAAAGCAGGAUGAGCAGGCUAUUAUAUACUGUACAGUUUAUGUAAUAUGUUGGCAGUUGUUGCUGCCUAGUGACUUUGCUACAGAUUUUCUUAUUUCAGAAUGGCCUCUUAUGUUCUUUUCUUUAUGGUAGUUCCCUGUAAAGACCAGAGAAACUUUAUACCGAAGGGUCAAUCUUAGUUUGAUUCGUUUUCUAUGUUUAGCGAAUGUACUCACCUCUUGUUUAAUUAAAAAUGAGUUGGAACAUUUUCAUGUGUUUA